CUUCGGCCGCGCCGCCGACCAAGGGCGCGAUGCAGCGCGUCGAGGUGCCCCCCCGGCACGACGACGCCAUGGCCACGGACGCGCCGCGCCCGGACGUGCUCCUGGGCCGCUGCUGCGAGUGCGGCGUGGGCCUGGACGUGUCCGUGAACCCGACGUCGACCUGCGUGAACUGCCUGCGCGCGCGCAUCGACAUCACGGAGGGCAUCUGCACGAGCACGAACCUGUUCAAGUGCCGGCGCUGCCUGCGCUACUGCGCGGGCCCGACGACCUACGUCGAGGCCGAGCUCGAGUCGCGCGAGCUCAUGGCGCUCUGCCUCAAGCGCGUCAAGGGCCUCAAGCGCGUCAAGGUCGCGGACGCCGCGUGGAUCUGGACCGAGCCCCACUCCAUGCGCCUCAAGGUGGAGCUCACGGUGCAGAAGGAGGUGGACAACGGCGCGAUCAUGCAGCAGCCCUUGCUCUGCGAGUUCGUGGUGCGGAACCAGCAGUGCGGCGACUGCCAGGCGGCGUUCGCGUCCAUGGCCUGGACGGCGUCCGUCCAGGUGCGCCAGCGCGUGGACCACAAGCGCACCUUCUUCUACCUCGAGCAGGUCAUCCUCAAGAAGCACGCCCAGGCCGCGGCGGUCAAGAUCGAGCAGUUCCGCGACGGGUUGGACUUCUUCUUCAAGGCGAAGAACGACGCCGUGCGCUUCGUCAACUUUUUGAACGACUGCGUGCCCACGAAGGUCAAGGACACGAAGAAGUUGGUGUCCGCCGACACGCACUCGAACCUGUUCAACCACCAGUACACGUCGCUCGUGGAGUUGGCGCCCGCGUGCAAGGACGAUCUGGUGCUCCUGGACGCGCGGACCGCGGCGCGGUUAGGGUCGCUGCCGCGCGUCGUCCUCGUGCGCUCCGUCAACGCCGUCGUGCGCUUGGUGGACCCGCGCACGGCCCAGCUGGCGGAGCUCGGCGCGGACGCGUACUGGCGGUCGCCGCCGCGAGUAUUGGUGUCCGCGGGCCAGCUCGAGGCCUUCGUCGUGCUCGACAGCGACCGCGUCGCGCCCGGCGGCGUCCGCCUCGUGCGCGGCUACGUCGCCGACGUCACUUUGGCGCGCGAGGCCGACCUCGGCCGCAACGACGCGACGCUGCUCGUGCGCACGCACCUCGGCGCUUUGCUGCGCGCGGGCGACAAGGUCAUGGGCUACGACCUGCGGGCGACGAAUUUGCCCGGGGAAUGCGACGCGGAUCUGGAGAGCCUCGGCGCGCCGGACGUCGUCCUCGUGCGCAAGGCGCCCCAGUCCAUGCAGGACGACGAGGACGGCGAGGCCGCGGGCGCGAAGAAGCGCGCCUGGCGCCUCGACAACCUCGACGUCGACGAGACCCACGACGACGACGCGGGCAAGUUCGCCGCGGAGACGCGCGAGCGCGACCUGGAGAUCUUCCGGCAGCAGCUCGAGACGGACCGGGACAUGCGCGGCCGCGUGAACCUGUACAAGGACCCGAGCGGCGUGCUCGACGACGCGCCGGCCGAGGACCCCGACGCCAUCAAGCUCGACGAGCUCCUCGACGCGGUCCACCUCGACGCGACGCCCGCGGACGCCGUCGAGGACGCGGUCGACGACGCGGACCUCGCGGCGCUCUAAGCGUGCUUAUCCUG